AUGCAACGCAUUUCUAACGACAGGUCUGGACCGCAAACCCAGCUGGUACUGGGUACAGCGUCUCCAUCAUCGUCAUUAUCGCUGUUUAACAGUAGAUUUUCAAAGUCGUUUGUUGGACCCGCCAACAAGCCUACUCCAGUCUUCGCACUCAUCAAGAACAGACUAAGUAUGCAGAAGCAGAGAACACUAAGAAAGAUGGGGUUGCGCAAAGGUUCGGAACUACGGACGAAGUUCCAGGCCAGAGAGGCAACAAGCGAGGAUCAAGGUAAGCCUAUUAUCUCAGCUCCCUUCAUUGCACUCCAGCAGCAUCCAUUGUCAAACACCAAUGGUUCUGCAUAUGAGAAUCAGCAACCAUCGUCUCGACAACCAAUCCAGCACAGUAGGCUCGGCCAGCGGCAUGAGUCUUUGUGGUCUCACCCCGUUCACACUACCACCGGAACUCGCUAUAACGGCGAUGACAGUACAUCUUUGGAAUCAGAUUCGGAGAUACUGUGGCACUGUGGCACACACACGGAACCUCCAGAAAUCAAAGGUAUCUUGAGAGGUCAACCAAAGGUCGUCAGCACAAGGAGCAUACCGGAUAGUUUCCAAGGUGGUAUGCGCCCAGUCGAUGUUGUUCGGGAUGACAGAAUCCAGCAGCUCUGCGAAAACCCCUGUCUGGACAGAGAGGAGAGAGAGGACAUGGAGAAAGCCAUCAUGAAUCUGGAACUUGAUAUCGAGCAGGCAACAAUCGCCGCAAACAUGUACUUCCAUCAAGCUCAUGCUUGGGAGGAUCAGAGUCCCAUUCCCAAUGACCUUGAUUCGUUACCCCAGAUGCUUCAAGGACUUUACACGGUCAUGAUUUGGAUGCAGCAGCGCAUUCAAGUCUACGAGACUAUGCGCCCUGAGCUUCGGUCGCGUUACGAUGUUGAAAUGGGAUUGACCGGCUAG